GCCAACACUGUGUCAUACCUAGUGUGAGCUUCGAAGGAUCAGUUGUGUAAACACAAGGAAGUAACAACAAAAUGUCUAAGUUCACUUGUUUGGUUUUGUGUGCCGUGGCUGUGAGCCUGAGCAGUGUCUAUGCCAAAGUAACUGAUGAGGAGAAGGCGGCGAUUCGGGCUGCCAUAGCCCCUCUUAUUGCUGAAUGUUCUGAGCAGCAUGGAGUUAGCGAGGAUGACAUUAAGGCCGCAAAGGAAUCGCACAAUGCUGACAACUUGAACCCUUGCUUCAUGGGAUGUUUCUUCAAGAAAUCCGGAAUCUUUGAUGCCGAAGGCAAAUUGGACCUGGAAUCAGGCAUGACCAAGCUCCAGAAAUACGUGAAGGAUCCGGCAGCCAUCAGUAAAUUCGAAGAAGUUGGCAAGCAAUGCGCUUCAGUGAACGACCAGGCUGUGAGCGACGGUGACGCUGGCUGCGAGAGGGCGAAACUGCUUGUGGCUUGCGCUUUGGAGCACAAAGCUGAUACACAAGGAAGUAACAACAACAUGUCUAAGUUCACUUGUUUGGUUUUGUGUGCCGUGGCUGUGAGCCUGAGCAGUGUCUACGCGAAAAUCAGUGACGAAGAGAAGGCAGCUAUCCAUGAGGCCGUACUGCCAAUUCUAACAGAAUGCUCACAAGCGUUCGGAGUUAGUGAAGCUGACAUCAAGACGGCGAAGGAAGACAGAAGUACUGAUAACUUGAACUCUUGCUUCAUUGGGUGCUUCUUUAAGAAAAUGGGUGUGUUAGACGCGGAAGGUAAAUACAACGUCGAUCAAGGAUUGAGCAAUCUCAGCAAAUACAUCAAGAGUGACGAAAACAGAGCUGCAUUGGAAGAAGUUGCAAAGGAGUGUGCUACUGUUAACGACGAAGCAGUGAGUGACGGCGCCGCUGGGUGUGAGAGAGCACAACACCUCGUAGCUUGCGCUUUAGCGCACAAAGCCGAGAUCCCUCUUUAAGUGUGCAACGAGUGUUCCAAAAAUUAAAAAUAAACCUUUUUGUUUACUAGUAUUUAGUUAAUGCAAUAAAUAAUAUAUUUAACCAUUAA